CGUCUGAGCAAACUGCGCGUGAGCAUUUUUCUUUUUCUUUUUUUUUUUUAGCUCGAGCAGAGACACGGCGGAUCUGAGCGCGCGAGUUCGAUGAGGCGCAGUGAGCGGAUCUGAAGGAGACCUGCGCACUCACAGCUGGACUCCCGCACCGCACCAUGGCGCUCUGGCUUUGGGUUCUCACUCUGGUCUUAUCUCUGGACUCGACACACGCAGGGUCAAAGACUUAUGAACCAUGUGCAGGGCGUGACUGUAACGGAAGAUGUCCCUGUCCUCCGAGAAAAGGUAGCAGGGGUCAGCCUGGGCCUUUAGGACCACCUGGCCCCACUGGACCUGAUGGCUUUAUUGGGGCCCCAGGGCCUGUGGGACCUAAAGGAGAAAGAGGGCAUGUUGGUUACUCAGGGCCAUCUGGGCCCAAAGGAGACAAGGGUCCUGUGGGUGUUCCUGGUUUUCCAGGUGUCGAUGGUAUUCCUGGUCACCCAGGCCAGGAGGGACCAGCAGGACUGCCAGGAGCAGACGGCUGUAACGGUACACGAGGUGACCCUGGGUUCCCUGGCUUCUCUGGAAGGCCUGGCCAACCUGGACCUCAAGGGAUACCUGGUGUCAAAGGGCAAAAAGGAGAACCACGGUUCAUUUCUACACCCUCGGUUCCUUUUGGUCCUGUUGGUGAACGCGGUUUUCCUGGUCCAGUUGGCCUCCCAGGUCCCGUCGGCCCUAUCGGUUUACCUGGUUACCCUGGACGUCCUGGUCCUCCAGGCUUUCCUGGGCCAACAGGAACCCCUGGCCAGGGUUAUGAAGGGGAGAAAGGAGAGAAGGGAGACGUGGGCCUGCCCGGUGACCCAGGCCGCCCACUGGUCAAUGGAGUUGUGGAGUUUGUUGGAGUUCCAAAAGGAGACAAAGGAACUCAGGGUGAUAUUGGCUAUCCUGGUGAACCAGGACCACAAGGACCCCCAGGCCCAUAUGGCUACAAGGGGGAAUAUGGAGAGAAAGGAAUUCCUGGAUUACCUGGUGUGAGGGGUGCUCCUGGUUUUAACGGACCACUCGGAGAAGACGGCCAAAAAGGGUAUCGUGGGAGUGGUGGUCCCUUCGGAUUACCAGGUCCAUCAGGCCCUAAAGGUUUCAGGGGAGAACCAGGGCCACCAGGGACAUCUGUCAUUACUGAUGGACAUGAAUAUCUUUUUCAAGGUCCACGAGGUGAUCCUGGUUUUGAAGGCCUUCCAGGUUCGGUUGGAGAACCAGGUUUAUCAGGACCUCCUGGACCACCAGGUCAGCCUGGAUCAUCAUCCUUCCAACCAGGUAUUCAAGGCCUUCCUGGCUUCCCUGGUCCAGCUGGAUCUAAGGGAGAAAAGGGUGACCCAGGUCGUCCAAGCACCAGCCCUGACGGUUUGCCUGGAAACAGAGGAUUUCCUGGACCUCCGGGUCCACCUGGACCUCAAGGCAUAACUCAGACAUCUCUGUUUCCUAGGGAACUGCCUGGACCCCCAGGUGUAAAAGGCAGAAGAGGUCCACUGGGAGAGAGAGGUCGUAAAGGAGACAAAGGGGAAGAUGGAAGUUGUGAAUGCUUUGGUGAAAUCUCUGGCAGACAGGGCCCUCAGGGAUUUGAAGGGCUCCCUGGUUUCACGGGGCUCAAUGGGCAGAAAGGAGAAGUUGGUGACCCAGGAUCUGCAGGACUCCGUGGACCACAGGGGCCAAGAGGUCGUCCUGGAGAGUAUGGGUUUACUGGGGCUAAAGGUGAGAAAGGAGACUCUUAUUAUGCUGGUAGACGAGGACAGAAGGGUGACAUUGGCCAGCCAGGGCCUGCUGGUCCUCCAGGUGACAUCGGCCAACCAGGAAGAGAUGGAGCCACUGGCUUUCUUGGAUUGCCAGGACCACCGGGAGAUGCUGGUUUUGGGGUGAUUGGAGACAAAGGCUAUCCUGGACCUCCUGGUCAGAAAGGUCGCCCUGGUGCAACGGGUGAGCCUGGCAGUGGCUACCCAGGCACUGCUGGUGUUAGAGGGUUUCCAGGCGACCCUGGUAUCAUUGGGCUUCCAGGGAGCCCUGGAUCACCAGGACCACCAGGACAAUCACUGCCCUGCGUAAUUUCAGGAGAGCCUGGGAAUCCAGGUUUCCCCGGACUGCCUGGAGUGCCAGGCCCGAAAGGACAGCCGGGUCCACCAGGACUAGGUGGAAGGCCAGGUGCUAAUGGGGCAAAAGGUGAGAGAGGAGAUCAAGGUAGUGGAGGUCAACCCGGAAAACAAGGAUUCCCUGGACCAAGAGGAGAUCCAGGUUUACCAGGCACUACAGAAAAUGGCCUUCCAGGUCCUCGGGGAAAAGAUGGCCGUCCUGGGCUGCAAGGACUGAAAGGAGAGCCUGGUGAAAUUUUAGGGGCAGCUCCAGGAAUACCUGGACUUCCAGGACAAACAGGAGAGCCUGGAGACAAGGGACAGCCAGGCACUCCUGGAUUACCAGGCAAAUUUGGUUUUGAUGCACCAAGUGGUAAGCCAGGUGUAAAGGGUGAGCAUGGUGUUAAUGGCUUCCCAGGACUUCCAGGGAAGCCAGGACCACGGGGUCUGAAUGCUUCUGAAGUCAGUGGACCUCGAGGGCCACCUGGCAAUCCUGGAUUCACUGGACCUGCAGGUUUCCCAGGACUCAAGGGUGCAAGAGGAGAGCCAGGACGCCAAGGCUUGGGUAGAAAGGGUUCUCCUGGACGACCUGGAAUUCCAGGACCAAAAGGACAAAGGGGAAGUCCUGGAGAUACAAUUCCAGGACGUGAUGGACAAUUAGGAAGGCCAGGAACUAAAGGGCAGAAGGGACUCCCUGGAUUGGUAGGAUUCCCUGGAUCACCUGGACGUUCCGGAGGCUCUGGACUGCCAGGGAGUAAAGGUCUACCUGGAAACCCAGGAUUUAAUGGUGAACCUGGAACAUAUGGCCCUCUUGGUAUUAAAGGGGACCGUGGAGACCCAGGCCCACCAGGACCUUCCCCAGCUCCCCUCCCAUUGCAUCAUAACAAAGGGGAACAAGGUUCUCCUGGACCUACUGGACUGCCUGGAUUUCCAGGACCAAGAGGUAAUAAGGGAACCCCUGGUUUACCUGGUAGUCCAGGCUUUCCUGGUCUGCCAGGGUUUGCUGAUCAAGCUAAGGGUCUACCUGGUGAUUCAGGUUUCCCAGGGCGCACAGGUUCUCCGGGACCUAUAGGACCUAAAGGGGCAUCUGGUGUUUCUGGUUUCCCUGGCAUGCCUGGACCUCAGGGUGAUGAUGGAGCUCCUGGUUUCUUUGGAUCACCUGGUACUUCAGGAUUGCUUGGUAGCAAAGGUGAGAAAGGAGUCUCUACUGGAGCACCUGGGCCCCCUGGAAGAAGGGGACUUGUCGGAAAUGUUGGAUUCCCUGGUAUCCCAGGCCUUGCUGGUGAUCAAGGUUCUCGAGGUUUGCCAGGAGAGUAUGGAUAUCCUGGGCGGAAAGGUCUGCCUGGAGAUCCAGGAAGGCCUGGGCAAGGAGGUCCACCUGGGCCCCAGGGUACUAGGGGUCUCCCUGGUUUUCCAGGGCAGAAGGGACAGGAUGGUGAACCAGGUCGCCGUGCAGCUCCAGGUCGUGCAGGAGAAAAAGGUUUAUCUGGAGCUCCUGGUUUAGAUGGACUCAAUGGACUUGCAGGGCCCAAAGGUCAACAAGGAAUACCUGGUGUGGUAGAGGGUGGUCAGCCUGGAGCCCCGGGAUUGAAUGGUCUAAAGGGUGAAAGAGGCUUGUCGUUACCUGGAGCACCAGGAUAUCCUGGAGUAAAAGGAUCCAAAGGGGAUAUUGGUUACCCUGGACAGCCAGGGUUCCCAGGUCCUCCAGGUCCUCGUGGGGGAUCAGCCAUCUCUACUGGAAUUCUUGGUCCUCCAGGAGAUGCUGGUCUACCUGGACUAGAUGGUGAAAGAGGUCUUCUUGGCCCACCUGGUCCUCAAGGUCCAGCUGGACCUGGAACAGACCAGGGUGACAGAGGAGAUCCUGGAUUUCCUGGAAUUCCUGGAAUUCCUGGGAAACGUGGUGAACCUGGAUUUGCAGGAGGGCGUGGAGCACUUGGCAACCCAGGAUUAAAAGGUUCUCCAGGAGACCCUGGAGUUAGUGGACUAACAGGACGUCCAGGCUUCCCUGGAGAUCAGGGAAGUUAUGGUAGCAAAGGACCAAAAGGAUUCAGGGGUAAUCCUGGUAGCAAAGGUCUUCCAGGAACUAUUUUCCCACCCCCAGAACCCAUCCGAUUGCCACCUGGGGAUAUUGGUCCACAAGGAGCCACUGGUCUUUCUGGUUAUACAGGAUCACCAGGCCAGCCUGGUUUCCCUGGACGUCCAGGUCCUAAAGGAAAAGUUGGAUCGAUGGGCAAACCUGGACGCACCGGUCCAGCUGGACCUCCAGGAACAAUUGGAGACCCUGGAUUUCCAGGAUAUCAAGGACCCAGUGGUAACAAAGGUUUUCCUGGUAGUCCGGGACAACCAGGUCCUGCAGGUUUGCCUGGCCGUACCAUUGGGAUCGGCUACACUCUGGUGAAACACAGCCAGUCCAGUCAGGUCCCGAUGUGCCCUCAGGGCAUGGAAAAGUUGUGGGAUGGCUACAGCUUGCUUUAUGUAGAAGGACAGGAGACGGCACAUAACCAAGACCUGGGGCUGGCUGGCUCCUGUCUACCUCGUUUCAGCACUAUUCCCUUCCUUUACUGCACACCAAAUGAACUCUGUUAUUACGCCAGCCGCAAUGACAAGUCCUACUGGCUAUCCACAACAGCAUCUAUUCCCAUGAUGCCUGUGGCCAAUGAGCAGAUUAUUCAGUACAUCAGCCGUUGUUCAGUAUGUGAAGCCCCAUCUCAAGCUGUGGCUGUCCACAGCCAGGAUGUCACUAUUCCCUCCUGUCCAUACGGGUGGAGGAGCCUGUGGAUUGGUUACUCCUUCCUUAUGCACACGGCUGCAGGGAGUGAGGGAGGUGGCCAGUCGCUGGUUUCUCCUGGCUCAUGUUUAGAAGACUUCCGUACAACACCUUUUAUCGAAUGCAACGGGGUGCGGGGCACCUGCUUCUUCUUCAACACCAAACAUAGCUUCUGGCUCACCACUGUGCAACAGGAGAGGCAGUUUACACAAAGUCCUGAUUCACGGACCCUGAAGGGAGAGCAGUACCGCAGCCACGUCAGCCGCUGUCAGGUCUGCAUGAAGAUCUUGUAGCCUGUGAACACACCAGGAGAGGAGCGGGGCCUUUUACUAGAAAGUAUAGAGAACAAGAAUUGAGAAAGCAAAUAUUGACUGACUGGCUGACUGUAUGAGACCCUCUCUUCUUGGUGCUUUUUGGAGCCUUCUGCAAGGCCAUGGUUAGGAGGGGCAAACACCUCCAUGUAAAGAUAGGUUUCUUUUUUUCCUCUUAUUUCACUUAUCAACAUUGGUGCUACAAGAAUAUGCAUUGUUUUAUUUUUAUUUCAACUACUCAAUGUUUGUCUUACAUAUUCACGGCUACCUCGGAGAGUGUGUCCCAAAUCCCCAACGGGAAGCACUGAAACCUUAAUUUGAGAUUGCAGACAUUGUGCAACACAAGCCAAAAUCUUCUGGUUCACCUAAUCAAAAGUGCGCUGGUCUGAAUCAAUGCUGACACGUUUGAGGAGGUUCCUUGACAUACGGAAGAAACUAUAAUAUCCUGCUUGUUUGUGAUUACGGAAAGUGGGCAGAUGGGCAAACCAACACUUUGUGGCGUAUACAAAUGAGGAAGAUUGUGGCUUGUGGUUAACACUUUAAAUUAUAAUCCUCUCUAACUCCCCACACAUGUACCCUUAAAGUAUUGCACUGAAAUGAAUACCUGGAAAAAUAUAUAUGAGGAUUAGUAACUGUAGAAAAUUAACAUUCCACUUUUACCUCCAACAGGUGCCAUGUCAAAUAUCUCAAUUAACUCUUUAAACAACAGUCUCACGGAGUCUAACACUGAUUAAUAGACUUCACUCUCUACAUACAAAUGAACUAUAUCAUUUUCAUGCUCAUGAUUUCACCUUUGUUGUCUGCGAGGAGCCAUUCAGCCAAUCAGAGCAUCUGUGCAUUAGAUAUUCACUGCUUUCCACAUCCAAAAGUGUACCUACAGUUACUGGAAAUGUCUAUAAUCACUGCUGUUAUCCUUUAGUUUUUCUACAGUGUGUUUGCAAAGUCUCUUAAAGAGACAGGCCAAAAUGUAACCACUAUAUUCAUUAGCUUCUUAAGCUCUCUUUGGUAGCCUUGAUUUUUCAGUAUGGUUUCAUCUGUAAUGUGUGUAAACUGUUAAAUUGCAAUUUCAUACUAUGGUAGGAGAGAAACAAUGUAGUAAAUUGCAAAACGUGGAUGGAUGUAUGAUUUGUACAUUAAGGAUGGCUUAUAAAGGCAUAUAGAUACUGUGUGUGUGUGUGUGUGUAUAUAUAUAUAUAUAUAUAUAUAUAUAUAUAUAUAUAUACUGUAUGUGUAUAUUAUAACAGUAUUUUUAUUUUUCUUACACUGAUUUACAUGUAAUGACAUUAUUACAUUUUCCCCUACAGAAAUUUAAGUCUAUCACUUAGCUGGAUUUCC